AUGGCAACUCGUCCGUUCAAUCCACAAUACAUGGAACAUGUGAUGACAAACCAUCCUGAUGCUAAAGAUGGAGUUAUGGUUCCGGCUGGAAAGUUUUUCAACGUGAGAUUUGCAACGAAAACGGCUCUUCUUGUUGAUUUGAAAGAUAGCAUUGAUGCGGCAGAGCUUGAUUAUAAAAGAAGGCUGAUUGAAGAAAUUUGGAUUAUUGUAAAUGGUAUCAAUGAGAAAUACUGA